AUGGGAUUCACAUGGAGCUGGAUCAGAAAGACCAAGAUCGAGACAGACGCUCGGAGGUCUCUUGUUGAUGACGAGAGAAAUUGUUAUUAUUUGUCGCGUCGCGGCGUGAACUGGGGCCGCGUGGUCGGACUGUUCGCCUUCGGGGGCGCGCUCUGUGUGGAGUGUGUGGACAAAGACAUGAGCCACCUGGUGCAGCGCAUCGUGGGCUGGAUGACAGUCUACCUGGACGAGCACAUACAGGACUGGAUCGACCAGCAGGGGGGAUGGGAUGUCUUUGCAGACCUGUACGGUGGUGAUGCAGCGGCGAUGUCUCGUCGUUCUGAGGAGAGUUUCAGGCAGUGGCUUUUCGCUGGAGUCACUCUGGUCACAGGGGUCGUGGUGGGGUCACUGCUCGUGCUCGCCCACCGCCGCCUCUGA